AUGGCACACAGUAACCUCUACCUCCUAAUCUUGCUCCUCCAGUCCCUCCCCGUAUCCGCACAGUAUGUCGUUUCGUCUACCGCCGCCUGGUCCUCGCAGAUCAUCGCCUUCUGGGGCGCGAUCAUCAUUGCCUCGCAGGUCGGCAGAGUCGCCGGUGCCGGAACAGCGCUCUUUUCUAGCAUCCGUCUAGCCUUGCGUAUUCGCGCCAUAACUAACGCUCUCGCCCGGGGAAAUUGGUUUUUGCACUCCGGAUGGGUGACGAAUACCCUCCGCACGGACAUCGCAGUGGUAUGCUGGCGCUCGCCUGAAGACUUACAAGGGUUGAUCCGCCGUGUUGCUAUGCAAAUCGAGAGCCUUGGUGCGGGCGAAUGGCAGGUUCUCGUGGUGGGCUGUCAGCUAGAAGAAGAGCCCUCCAAGGAGAGCAAAGUGCACUGGAUCCGGUGUCCGCGAGGUGAGAAUCUCUGCGGCGCGAGAAUCAAAGCGACAGAUGGGUAUCUAUUUCCUCUGAGCAACGAGGACCUCGACUACGCGGUCGCAAUGUUGGAGCAGUCGCCGCCGGCCUCGAUGGAAGACAUCGUUCACGAGAUGGAGGCGAGGCGGGAAAAACGGCCGUCGCGGGUCUCAUACCUCUCGGAGCAGCCGCAAGAAGCACAGAUGAACGCGACGAAGCUUUCGUGGGGGUAUAUCUUUACGAGUGUUGAGCAUCACAUCACGCCGUUUCUGAAGCUGAAGAAGUGGACGAGUUCUUACGGUGCAGACCGCGGUUCGACAAUGGUCUGCGCGACGCGCAUGUAUCUCCUUGUGCAUCUGCUGAUUUCUUGUGCUGUGGGACUGAUGGCUGCGGCAACAGGGAGAGGGCUCGCGGUAUGGUUCAUGACGGUGAGACCCACGCUCUCGACGAUGGGUGGGAAGAAUGUGAAUGGCAACGAUAUCCUGCAGUCUCUGCUCUGUACGGAUGAGACCGUGUUCCAGUAUGAGACAGGCGAGAAUUCACUCCUGCUUGCGGGAGAUGUCCUUGGCCAUCCUCUGCAAUGGUGGGCAGCGGCUCUUGUAUUUGCUGUUCCUGCUUUUGAGACGGCCGUCAUUACCGCGGGAUGGCUGUACGGUAGUCUGAAAGCCGAUAGACUUGCACCCUCUGGGCUUGUAGGUCACGGCAUGCUGUGGUUAUCUAUUGUGGUGGGACUUUCACUCUGUAUUCGCUCUCUCUUCACAUUACGGAAUCAGGGAAAGGGCCGUCUGGUGGGAAUCUGGCAUAAACAACAGUUCCCCCAACAUCUUGUCGGUAUGGAGUCGCUGGAGGUCUCGACGUCAGAUCUCGUCCGUUUGGCUGGCGAUGUGUCCCCGAUUGGUCUAGUUGUUAAGCUACUUCAGGGCAAGGACCCAGCGAACAUUCCCGUCGUUGAAAGCUUCUUCCGACUACCAGUGACGGGGGUUAUCAUCGAAUAUCUCGUCGCUACACAGAUCAUGAAGUACAAGUAUCAAGGGGACGAGAUUCUCACUAGAGGAGAUAAGCCCAUCUCCCCAAAGUCCGAAUCCCCGUGGCGUCAGUCCUACUGCUGUGUAGCGCUGACGAUGGCAUGUGCAUGCGUGUCUGCUGUGUAUGCCUACUACCCGCUGCCGAAAUGGGUUAAAAUAAUCACCGAGGUUCUUUUAGCCAUCAGUGCUUCCUGGUUCAACUCGCUCGAUCUCGUGGGCAGCUUCAUGCACGAGAAGGAGACUUCUAUCUGCUUUAUGGUGGCCACUCUGGUGGUCUCGUCUGUCUGGUACGUGGGAUUGGAUAACGUUGGGUGA